UGCUACGAGAGAGUCGUUAAUUUCAACUAGAUCUCGUUUUCGCGAGUUUUCUCAAAUAAUUUGUGUCUUUGUUGCUUGCUGUUGUAUAUUAGUGCGAAAACGUGAAGAUAUAGUUUUGCAAAUGUUUGAAGACCUUGAAAACGCACAAACAAAAUAGUAAUCAAACUUAAAGAAGCACUCAUUCACGUCUAUAAGUCGAACACUGGCGAUCGAUAUAUAUAGUAUAUAUCGAUGUUCUCCCAGCUUCAAUUAAUUCAUAAAAUCUGAGUAGGCGAGCAGACAGAUCGCUGACAUUGCCGACAGCGUAUCUCGCCGCACGAUCGCCGCUGGUGUAUUGUAUUGAACUGAGCAUAAAUAGAGUAAAAAAUAAAAGUGAGCAAAAAAUUUGUCUGAAGAUCAGAUCAGAGCAGAUCAGAUUGUGUGCAGUCUGUUGUGACAACAAAACUGUCUUGACUCUUGACUUGUCUUUUUGGCUUACUCGCGUGCUUUGUACUUAAUUGCUUACUAUCAAUUAGUGCAUUUAAAAAAUGUUUACAACGCAUAAGCUUUGUUUGGUGUUGAGAUUGUGUUUUUGCGCGCAUAUUGCUCUAACAACAUUGUCGCCGACAACCGCUGCCGAAAUUGAGGGCAAUCCAUGUGAAAUCAAAGGAGGAGUGUUUGGCAGAUGCGCAUUACCACGGGAUUGUCCUGAUAUUGCAAAACAAAUGCAAAAUCUUGGACUUACGAAAGCCGAUGUGAAACGAUGUGGUUUUACGAUUUAUGAAGAGAUCAUCUGUUGUCCCCUGGCAAAUGAAAGAAAUUUGCUGGGAAUUUUCGACACCAAAGAAGAUUUCUUAGAAAGUGAAAAAAAUUCAAAUGAUGACAAACGGACACGUGGUGACUUCGACGGUGCGCAGGAACGAAAAGCGAAAAAAGCUUGCCGCUUACUAGAUGAAUACGCCGAGCCUUACACUGUGCCACAUAUAUUGGGCGGAUCGCCGGUGGCCCCGGGCGAAUAUCCACAUAUGGCGGCCAUCGGCUAUGCGUCGAUCAAUCCACAAAGCUCACCUUAUGAGUUUCGUUGUGGCGGCGCUCUGAUCGAUAAACGUUUUGUGCUCACAGCGGCGCAUUGUGUUAAUCGACCGGAUAGCAAACCGAUUAUUGUGCGCUUGGGUGUAACGGAUUUCAAUAAUCCCGAUCAAAUGAAAAACGCCGUGGAUGUGCCCAUCGAGGCUCUUUACCCACACAUGAACUAUCGGAAUUUGGAAAAGUAUGAUGAUAUUGCCAUAAUAGAGCUGAAAAAUGAUGUUGAAUACUCUUCUCUAGUAUUUCCAGUUUGCCUGCACACAGAACUGGCUGAUCCGCCACCCACAGCGACGCUCAACGUAACCGGUUGGGGCGUAACGGAGUUGAAAACACGUCGGCAAUCCAAUGUACUACUAAAGGCAAGCGUCAAGGCUAUUUCUGCAGAAAAUUGCAGAAAGGCUUAUGUGCGCGGCGGCGUCUUACCAAGUCGCGGUAUUUUACCCACACAAAUCUGCGCCAGCGAUCCGAAUUCCAUCAGCGACGCCUGUUGGGGUGACUCGGGUGGUCCGCUAAACCUCAUCAUUGACGAAGCGUAUCGAAAGAUGCAUGUGAUUGGAGUGGUGUCGGCCGGUGAUGGCUGCGCCAGCGUCACUCCCAGCCUGUAUACUAGGGUUGCGUCUUAUCUGGACUUUAUUGAGGAUAUCGUCUGGAAGAAUUUGUGACAUUCUCAAGGAACUUUUCUACAUAAAAUAUUUGUCGAAGCGCAUAUAAGUUGUAUAUAUUUUAUAUAUAAAUCAUACUUUAAUCCAGACUGGAAGAGGGUUGCCAACUAUCAAAAAAUUCUGGAAUUAUAAACUCAAAUCGUAAUUAACCCUUUAAAUGUAGGAGUAUAUCAACAUCAAAAAUCUUUUAUAUAAAACUUUUUUAUUUUAAAUUAUAUAAAUUAACAGUUUAGCGUCGCUGUUGUUACGAUAAAAAUUUUCAGAA